UAUCGACUUGUACACUUGGACCUGAAUGGCUUUGUCUCCAGAAACAUCAACGCUACUUUUGGCCAAAUAAUCGUGCAAUAACUUGCUCAUUUCUCGAACCAUCACCAGUCGAACAGGUGAUGAAAAGAAGUUUGGAAAUUCAUUGCAGUCCACUUUAUCUGCGCGAGGAUCUUCCCUGCAGUGGCGAAGCCUCGAAGAGUUCGUCCCGUUUGCCACAUUUUCGCCUUUGAAACUAAAAGAUUCAAGACAACUUAAAGGUCAACAGACGACGAGAGUCCAAACAUUGCACAUCUAUAAAACCUGUGGUAUUGAGCCUGGUCGAGCUGUUCUUUCGCAAAAUCGAGCCACCGAUACAUACGGAGCUGCAUCCGGUUCAGCCGAGUACCACCGAGUGCCGUGGAACUAUCUUGAUCGUCUAAGAAAUCGAUAGUCUCGACAACGAGAAUUCUCUCGCUUCGCUUAUCACCGGGGUGGACCACCACGACACACGUUUACUCCCGGACCGAUCUUUCGGACUUUAUCGUUUUCUCAACGGUCAGCACUUGAUAAAAUCCCCGCCGUUCAGAAAAAUACACAUCCAACCCCCUUGAAUUACCUGAACAAGAGCAAAGAGUCAUUUCCCCUUUCUUCUCAUUUGCCGAUAUUCAUUGGCUCUGUUAGAAAACUCGCAUAUUUGCCCUAUCAGACUAUCCGACAAGUUCUUCACUUCCUACACAACUUUUCAUUGGGAGACUUGCACUAUCAACAUAUUCGUUUCUCGAACCUCUGGAGUCUCAUCGGCCUCCUCGCUCCAUCAAAGUUCACUGGUACAACACCAAAGGACUCCACACACCAGCACUGCGUCCAUCAUCACCAAUCUUCAACUGCUAUCCAUUGUCACCACCAGACAGCAGAGUAUGGUGACCCAAAGUGACGACAACCCUCUACAGAAGGGGCACGAUGUCGAAGCCAACCUCCAAUCCAUCGAGGCCGACGAGAGCAAGCCUGCUGCACCACCCUCCGGUCUCUGGGGGCAUAUCUGUUACUAUGGCCACAAGGUCGUUGUAGCUGGACGGAUUGAGCUCCAGGGAAUCUCCCCCAUUCCAGUCAAGGAGAGGACAGUUACCAAGACGCUGAACAUCUUUACCUUGUGGUGGUCAAUGAGCUGCAACAUUCUUCCCAUUACAUUUGGCAUGCUAGGUCCAGUAUAUGGUCUCAGUCUACGGGACAGCUGCCUCGUUAUCCUCUUCUUCACUUUACUGUCUACUCUCUUACCGGCUUACCUCUGCACCUUGGGACCAAAGUUGGGUAUGAGACAGAUGAUUCAAGCUCGCUAUUCCUGGGGCCGCUACAUAAUCUCCCUCCCCGUCCUCCUCAACCUCGCCACCAUGACCGGCUUCUCCGUCAUCAUCGUCAUCACCGGCGGCCAAUGUCUCUCCGCCGUCGCCAACGGCCACCUCUCCAUCAGCGUCGGCAUCGUCAUCAUGUCCAUCCUCACUCUCAUCAUCUCCUUCUGCGGCUUCACGACCCUACACAUGUACGAGCGGUUUGCCUGGAUCCCCGCCGUCAUCGCCAUCAUCGUCGCCGUCGGCUGUGGCGGCAAGUACCUCCACCUGCAAAACCCUCCCGCCGACCCCCCUACCCCACAGGGCAUUCUGAGUUUCGCCAUGAUCGUCGCGAGCUACAUGAUCCCCUGGGCCUGUCUGGCUUCGGAUUUCACGACGUACCUCGUGCCCUCGACGCCGUCGUGGAAGAUCUUCACCUACAGCUACACCGGCCUCGCGCUGCCCACCAUUCUGCUCAUGUGUCUCGGAGCCGCCAUCCAGGGCGCCAUCCCCUCCGUCCCUGCCUGGAGCGAGGCCUACAACGAGACGCUGGUGGGCGGGGUCCUGCAAGCCAUGCUCGCGCCCGCCCACGGGUUUGGUCGGUUCCUGGUCGUCAUUCUGUCUUUUACCUUGCUGGGCAACCUGGCGGCGACUUCGUACUCCAUCACGCUCAACUUUCAGAUGUUGGCGCCCGUGCUGUUCAAGGUCCCCCGGUACCUGUUCGCCGUCAUCCUGGCGGCCAUCUUGAUCCCCGUGAGCAUCAAGGCGGCUGCCGACUUCUUUGAUAGUCUGGAGAACUUUGUCAGUCUGAUUGGGUAUUGGUCUUCUGCGUUUUUGGGCGUGGUCAUGGUCGAUCAUCUGUGGGAAAAGAAGGGAGAUUGUGGCAGGUAUGAUUUGGAGGCUUGGAAUGAUGCGAGCAAGUUGCCGUGGGGCGUGGCGGCGCUGACGGCCUCGGUGGCGAGCUUUGCACUGGUGAUUCCUAGUAUGGAUCAGGUGUGGUGGCAGGGGCCGAUUGCAAAGACGACGGGCGAUUUGGGAUUUGAGUUUGCGUUUGUUGUGAGCGGGCUGUUGUACCCGCCGUUGAGGAUGGUGGAGAAGAAGAUUAGUGGGCGAUGAUGUGGUGAGGAUGAGGUUGUAUGGGGGGGAGGAGUGGGGAGUAAUGUGUGAUGAGGUUGGAUGAGAACCGCUUAAGAACUUAAAAGGAGUGAUGAUAUAUAUAGGGAGGUUAUUUGUGAAACGAUUCAACAUAAUGGGUGGAUUAUCUACUUAAUGAUAAUGGGCAGUAAAAGUUUUGGUUUUGGUAUUAGACUCAGACUUUUCAACAGACAAUGAUGAGCAAUUUGGCUGCAAGAGAUAUAGAGGGUCUGAUACACUAGGAUACCAGAUAAGUCGGAAACAUUCACAACGCAAAGUUGAUGUCAAAAAAGUUCGGG